CGUUGAUUCUGCGACACCAGUUUCCGGUUUGGUGCAGCUCGUUGCUCCCUCGCAUUGGAUGUAGUUUGAUUGAAACUACAAAAACAACAUUGUGAAGCUCCACUUUCCUCCAUAACUGACUGAGAAUCAGUUAUAACUUCUUUUCCGAAGGGGGAGAGACACACAGCCCGCCAAGAUGCCGAGAAUCAUGAUCAAAGGAGGCGUGUGGCGCAACACGGAGGAUGAGAUCCUCAAGGCGGCGGUGAUGAAGUAUGGGAAAAACCAGUGGUCUCGAAUCGCCUCCCUGCUGCACCGCAAGUCUGCCAAACAGUGUAAAGCUCGAUGGUACGAGUGGUUGGAUCCCAGCAUCAAGAAGACAGAAUGGUCCCGAGAAGAGGAGGAGAAGCUGCUGCAUCUGGCCAAGCUGAUGCCCACUCAGUGGAGGACCAUCGCUCCCAUCAUAGGACGCACUGCGGCCCAGUGCCUGGAGCACUACGAAUACCUGCUAGACAAGGCAGCGCAACGAGACAAUGAGGAGGAAGUGGGAGACGACCCCAGGAAGUUAAAACCAGGAGAGAUUGAUCCUAACCCUGAAACUAAGCCUGCCAGACCUGACCCUGUGGACAUGGACGAAGACGAGCUGGAGAUGCUGUCGGAGGCCAGAGCUCGACUGGCCAACACUCAGGGCAAGAAAGCCAAGAGGAAGGCCAGAGAGAAACAGCUGGAGGAGGCCAGGCGUUUGGCUGCUCUGCAGAAACGCAGAGAGCUGAGGGCGGCGGGGAUCGACGUUCAGAAGAAGAGGAAGAAGAAGAGAGGAGUGGACUACAAUGCUGAAAUCCCCUUUGAGAAGAAGCCUGCGUCGGGUUUCUAUGACACCAGCAUGGAGCAGUACAACGCUCAGGAGCCCAACUUCAAACGCCUCCGACAGCAGCACCUGGACGGAGAGCUGCGCAAUGAGCAGGAGGAGAAAGAUAGGAAGAAAGACAAACAGAAGAUCAAGAAGAAGAAGGAGAGCGACCUCCCGUCUGCCAUCCUGCAGACCAGCGGCGUGGCCGAGUUCACCAAGAAGCGCUCCAAGCUGGUCCUCCCUACGCCUCAGAUCAGUGAUGCUGAGCUGGAGGAAGUGGUGAAGCUGGGCGUGGCCAGCGAGGUCGCCCGCCAGGCGGUGGAGGAGAGCGAGAGCGGGAACUCGGCCUCCUCUGCCCUCCUAUCAGAGUACAGCGUCACCAACGCCAUGUCCACAGGGCAGAGAACCCCCCGCACCCCCGCCGCACAGGACAGGAUUCUGCAGGAAGCCCAGAACCUGAUGGCUCUGACAAACAUCGACACCCCCCUGAAGGGAGGCCUGAACACCCCGCUGCACGAGAGCGACUUCAGCGGAGUGACCCCCCAGAGGCAGCAAACUCAGACCCCCAACACCGUCCUCACCACACCCUUCAGGACCCCCGGUCAGGGUCAGGGUGCGGACGGGAUGACCCCUCAGUCUGCAGGAGUGAUGACCCCGCGGGGGGCUGUGACCCCCGGUUUGACCCCCAGCCGAACUCCUCUGAGAGACAAGCUGAACAUCAACAGUGAGGAGCAGCUGGCCGACCCCGCCUUCUCCAAACACCUGCAAAGGGAGAGCCUGCAGCAGCUGAGGCAGGGUCUGAUGUCACUUCCUGUUCCCAAAAACGACUUUGAGAUCGUUCUUCCGGAAAAUGCGGAGAAGGAUCUGGAGGAGACGGAGGCGGAGACGGGAUUCACCGAGGACUCCUCAGAUGUGGAGGCUCGCAAACAGGCUAUUCGUGACGCAGAGAGAGAGAAGGAGCUGAAGCUGAGACACACUGCUGUUCAGAGGAACCUCCCCAGACCCACCGAGGUGAACGAGUCGGUCCUCCGCCCCACCUCCAUGGAGACGCUGCAGGACCUCCAGCUGGCGGAGGAGCUGAUCAAACAGGAAAUGAUCACCAUGCUGCACUUCGACUGUCUGCAUCACCCGGCACCCAGCGCCGGCAGCCAACCGCCGCGCGGGAAAACCCGAGGUCCCGCCUCCACGUCCAACAACGCCUCGCACAUCGGACACCUGGAGACACACCAGUACAAACCCGUCCCCACGGAGGACAUGGAGCAGGCGAAGGCCAUCCUGGCAGCAGAGAUGGAGGUGGUGAAGGGGGGGAUGGGUCACGGAGAUCUGAGCAUGGAGGCCUACAGCCAGGUGUGGGAGGAGUGCUACGGACAGGUGUUGUAUCUCCCCGCUCAGAACAGGUACACCCGAGCCAACCUGGCGUCAAAGAAAGAUCGGAUUGAAAGCCUGGAGAAGAAGCUGGAGGUGAAUCGAGGUCACAUGACAGCUGAGGCUCGGCGAGCGGCUAAACUGGAGAAGAAGCUGAAGAUCCUGCUGGGGGGUUUCCAGUCCCGAGCGCUGGGGCUCUUGAAGCAGCACAAUGAAAUCUGGGAACAGGUGGAGCAGUCUGCCACGGAGCUGAAGACCUUCGAUCAGCUGAAGAAACAAGAGGACACAGCAAUCCCCAGAAGAAAAGAGGCUCUGCGGGAAGACGUGGAGCGGCAGAUGGAGCGAGAGAGGGAACUGCAGCACAGAUAUGGAGAGCUGAUGAUGGAGAGGGAGGAGCUCCUCAACACUGAUCAGAAAUACUGACACACACACACACACACACUGAUAUCAAGCUCCUCUGAUAAACGUGGUGAUUCUUAAUGUUUGCAGCGGUUCCGGAGAUAAGCCCCGCCCCCAUGUGCUUAUGUUGCUAUGAUGUCAUGCGCUGAGUUGUGAGCAUGCUCAGUUGUUUCUGUUUCUGUACUAGUGACCAAUAAAGUUUCUUUUCAACAAUGA